AUGCGUUGUUGGAUUGAGUUGUUAAAGGAUUAUGAUUGUGUGAUAAAGUAUCAUCCUGGUAAAGUGAAUGUAGUUGUUGAUGCUUUGAGUAGGAAGUCGAUGUCGAAAUUGAGAGCUAUAUUUGCACAUUUAAGUUUGGGUAGUGGUGGUGGUUUGUUAACUGAACUACAAGUGAAGCCAACUUUGUCUCAAAAAAUUAAGGUGAAGCAACGUUUAGAUGGCGAGUUAUUAAAGAGGAUCCAAAAGGUUGAGCAAGGUGUUAAGGGAAAUUUCGGAGUUGAUAGUGAUGGUAUCUUAAAUUUUUUGGGUAGGUUGUGUUUGUCGCAUGAUGUACAUUUAAGGCAAGCGAUUCUUACUGAGGCAUAUAGUAGCCCUUAUGUUAUGCAUCCCGGUACUGGUAAGAUGUAUUAUGGUCUUAGGGAGCUGAUUGCGAUUCCUAAACUGAAGUGGGAAAGGAUCACUGUGGAUUUUGUUUCAGGUUUUCCUUUGACUCCAUCAAAGAAGGAUUUGAUUUGGUUUCAAUUAUUUUCUGAUAGGGAUCCACGGUUUACUUCUAGAUAUUGGAAGAGUUUGCAAGAAGCUUUAGGAUCGAAGUGGUAUUUGGGAGUAACAUUUGUGGCUAGCAGAGUUUGCUUACAACAAUAG